AUGGCAAGUAAUAAAGCAUCGACAUUUAAUUUCAGUGAAUCCACACUCAGCACGACUAGAGCUACGCCUCAGCGUUUUAAAACUUUACGCAGCAUUCCAAAAUCAUGGCUAAUUGCUGCCGCGAUUUUCUACUGUGCAUCGGUGAUCACUGUUGGCUUACUUGCUGGACUUCUACCUCGGCGAACACAACAAAUAAGUGUUCUCGCAACAGUAACAUCAUCGAAUACAACUGGCAGUGUGCCAAUAACAACGACGACUGGUACCAUAACAACGACGACUGGUACCAUAACAACGACGACUGGUACCAUGACAACUACUCAAGAUCCUUCUCUCUGUGUCGAAGACGAAUGUAAUCCGCGCUUAUCGAGCGAUGUAAUUGUGCAUAGUUAUCAAAUUCAAUAUACGUACAAUGAUAGUAAACAAACCAUAGUGAGAGGUCAAGUGACGAUUGAAUUCACAUUGAAACAGCCGAUUAAACAGCUGAUUUAUCAUUCGAAAGAGAUGGUGGAAUUAGAAGAACCAGCGCUGUUUGAAGAUGAAGUCUACCGGUUUAUUUCGAUGAGGACAUAUGUACGCAAUGAUUAUGUUAGUCUGCGUCUCAUGUCGAAUUCUCUAUUCGCAAGAAAUCGGUAUCGAUUAGUACAAAAUUUUGCUGUUAAACUAACCGACAGCAACGUUGGAUUUUAUCAAACGAUAUACAAAGAUGGAGAUAAUACUAUGGAAAAAUUACUCUCGACACAGUUUGAACCAAUCGAUGCUCGCCGAGCAUUUCCUUGUUUUGACGAGCCACACUUGAAAGCACCGUUUACGAUCACUAUCAUUCAUUCGGAGAAUACUGUUGCAUUGGCAAAUUUUCCCAGCAUCGAAGAAUCAUUAGAAAAUGGUCUACGUCGAACGAAAUUCGCAGAAACAUAUCCGAUGAGUACCUAUCUCGCAGCAUGGGCUAUUCUUCCCGAUACAUACGGUAGUCGAAACGAUAACGAAGACGAACCUUGGAUGACCGUAUGGGCGCGUCGUGAAGUAACAGAAAGAAAUCAUACAGCAUUAGCUUUGGAGAUCGCAAGUAAAUCUAUUCCAUUCUAUGCGAGUUAUUUCAAUACAUCGGAGCCAAUCACACCGAAAAUUGAUUUAUUGGCGGUACCAGAAUUUGUGUUUGGUGCUAUGGAAAACUGGGGCCUCGUGACAUUCCGCGAAGAUCAAUUGAUCUAUGACGAAAAAGUCGUGUCCACAGAACGAAAACAAGACCUCGGAGAAACAAUCGCACAUGAACUGGCUCAUUUUUGGUUUGGAAAUUAUGUUACCUGCCAAUGGUGGACUGACCUAUGGUUAAAUGAAGCCAUGGCCACUUGGCUUUCUUACAAGCCAUUUGCAGACAGCUAUCCUUCUUGGAAUAUGGAAGUGCUUGUAUUUUCUACUGAUAUCAUUCCAUCGAUGUGGGACGAUGCGAGACCGUCAAGUCAUCCGAUUGUUGUUCCUAAUGUGACAGAUCCUGGUGAAAUAUCGAGUUUAUUCGAUUCGAUAACUUACUCGAAAGGAGCUAGCAUACUACGUAUGCUGGAACUGACAGCUGGAACGCAGAAAUUUCAAACUAGUCUACAAGAAUACUUGCGAUUGAAUGCGCUUUCUGUCGGUGAUCCAAGUUUUUUUUAUAAUAAUCUGUUUACAAAUAUGAGCGGAGAAGCAUUUGUGAUGAAUUGGUUAGAAGAAAAGAAUUUUCCAGUGGUGAACGUCACUUUAUCGGUAGAAAACGGUGACACAACAGUGACAUUUACUCAAUCGCGGUUUAUCAUUUCGAAUGCGCUUGAUACGUCACAAUUAGAUGCAAAUUAUCGAUGGAAAAUUAUGAUCAAAUGUGUCUUAGGCGGUGAUUAUCCCAAUUCCGAUACAACAAAUAUCGGUGGUGAUACAAUAGAAUUCCUCUUCGACACCGAACAAUCGACGCAAGUCAUCACUGGUAAAAGUUAUUCCUGGAUAAAAUGUAAUCGAGAUUUCAUCAGCUAUCAUUUGACUCAGUAUUCAUUCCCAUCAAAUACCUAUCAACGUUUUGCCAACGUAUUAGAAACGAAUCCAACUUUCUUUUCCAACACGGACAAGAUUAAUUUCCUCCAAGAUACAUUCCUAUUAGCUUACAAAGGUCUGAUUGACUAUGCAGAACCAUUACGAUUAAUGCGUUCAUUAGUCAAAACUAAUACACAACAGCACAUACAUUGGAAAACAUUCGAAUGGCAUUGGUCGACUCUAGUUAGUCUAGUUGACUACCUACCUGAUACAUUACCGAAAUUUCAAAAUUUUGCCAUUCAACAGAUUUUAUCCAACGGUGAAACGAUCGAUGGUAUUCUUACACUAAAUCCAACCGAUGAUGAUAAUACAAAGUUAUUAAAAAGUUUGAAAUUUGGACUUCUGUGUCGAAUGAAUCAUGCUGGUGCUUUGCAAAAAGCGAGUGAAUUAUUCAAAUCGAUUCCGAUUGAAUAUUUCAAUAAUUCAAAUGUUGUGAUCAAUGUUAACGCAGAUUACUUAACGACUGUUUACGAAAGUCAUAUGUCAGUCAAUGAUAACGAAGCGGACUGGAAUAUGAUGUACAAUUACUAUCGUAUCGCGAUAUCACCGCAAGAACAAAUACGUGCUUUGAGCGCUAUUUGUGCCACGAAAAAUACAACUCGUUUGAAUCGACUACUAGAAGAAGGACUGAGUAAUCCUCUGGUUUCUAUCAAGCGACAAGACUAUUUUCGAAUGAUAAAGUUUAUGGCUGCUUACACAGUGGGAAGAACAGUGGCUUGGACUUUCUAUAAAGCUAAUUAUCGAAGAUUAGUAGAGGUUUUUAAUGUCGAAAGCUAUGCAUUUGGUCAGUCUAUUCUCUCUUUUGCAGAAUCAUUUGAAAAACAAUCGUAUUUUGAUGAAAUGAACCAAUUGUUUUCUAACUAUCCAAAUGCUGGCGCGGGGGUAUCUGCACGUAAACAGGCUAUUGAUCAAGUUAAAAUGAAUCUUGAAUGGAUUAGAUCACGAAAUGAAAACCUACUAAUUACACCAAAGGUUGAACGUACACCGAUAGUAGAUUUGAUCACGAAUAUUAACGCAAGCUUUAAUAACCGGCUAUUCAAUUCAACUGAAUCAUUCGCUGAAUUUUCUCACAAUCUUUAUCAUCGUUUUCAAAAGACAAUGCCGCAUGAUUACUAA